AUGAGUCAAAAUACUGAGUCCCAUGUGUUGGUCGAGCUGCCAUCCAACUACAUUCCGGAGCCAUCUCGACGGUGCAAAAUUCUGAUUGCUGGCUCAAAAAAAGUUGGAAAGUCAGCAUUCAUUGAGAGAAUUGAAUCUGGAAAAUUUAAUGACAAAAAAGCUGAGGAAAGUUUGCAUAGAGUGAUUGUCAAGAAGAUUUUUGAGCAGAAGCUGACAGUGGAACUUCUGGAAAAAGAUUUGGAAGAAUUUACGAAUGGUGAAACUCUCGGUGCUAAACAGCAACACAUGAAAGAUGUAGACGCUCUGAUUAUCUUUUAUGCUAUAAACGAUUUGCAAUCCUUUGAAAUGAUGAAACACAAUUUGCCGAAUCUUCAAAGAAAAAUACCUCCAUCGGCGGCCAUCACGAUUGUUGGCGGAAAAGCCGAUGCUUCAGAAAUAAAGGUUCCUUGGCGGGAUGUGGACACAUUUGCAGAAACUCAAGGGUUUUCUUGUUUUGAGACAAGCUCAAAAACUGGUGUCAAUGUGGACAUAAUCAUGCAAGAUAUUUUGGAAACAGUUUUCGAAAGACGUUUCGCAACAGAGGACGACGAAGAAAUUUUCAGUGAUCAACCUGUGUACGCAACCACAGUUCUGACAAGCAACAAUGAAGAGCCAGCAAUAGUAAAUGGAUUUUGCUGGAUCCCAUUAAUUUCAUAUUUUCGUCGUAAAGAAACAAACUGA